GAUACGAAUUUCAAACCCAAGUCUCCAUUGAAGUCUGCAGCUCCUCUCUCAGUCGCUCACUCGCUGUUGUUUCUUCCUGUUUCGUAGUAUUUCUCCUGUACAUUCUUGGAGAGUUGAACGAGAACUUGAUUUGGUAGGCGGUAAUAAUGUAUGAUCCGCAACACUAUGUGGAUUUGCAAGAGAAUUCGGGUUUCGGGGAUACAAAAUCAUGGCUGUCCGGCCAGGACGACUCGUCCCUGACUCACCUGCAAAAUCAUUCGUCACUUGCGGCGAAUGGAGAUUUCGAUCGGGUGCUCUUCAAUAACCUCGUCGAGAUGGUCCCUCUCGUCCAGUCCCUCAUCGAUCGGAAAACAAGCAGUUCAUUUACUCGGCGUGGUUCGAUGGUUUACACUAAGACUCCUUCGAGGGAAUCCUUAUACAGAAAAGUGGAUUCUAAAGGAAGGAAUGCAGCUCACUCCAUUCCUGUGAAGAAGAAAAAGGAUCAAGGGAACUUAAGUAAAACUGUUAGCAAUGAUCAUGAUGCUGACAGUUUUUCAAUAUUUUCCUCUAGAGCUUUGACUUCAGAAAAGGACCAGGACGAGUUGGUUGCUUUGAGGGAACAAGUAGAGGAUCUGCAGAGGAAGUUAUUAGAGAAAGAUGAACUCUUGAAAUCUGCAGAGAUCUCAAAGAAUCAGAUGAAUGAUGUUCAAAAAAGACUUGACGAACUGAAACACCUGGCUGCAGAAAAGGACUCUUUAAUUAAGUCUACUCAAGUACAACUCUCUGAUGCAAAGAUUAAGCUUGCAGACAAGCAAGCUGCCCUGGAGAAGCUACAGUGGGAAGCAACAACAUCUAACAGGAAAGUGGAGAAGCUCCAGGAAGAGUUACACUCUAUGCAAGGGGAGGUCUCAUCAUUUAUGCUCGUCUUUGAAGGCUUGGCAAAAGAUGGUUCAACUGCAUAUUCUGAUGAUUAUGACAUCACACCAUAUCGUUUUGAUCAUCUUCCUCGCAUCGAUGACUUGGAUGACAUGGAGAUACAGAAAAUGGAAGAAGCAAGAAAAGCUUAUGUGGCUGCCGUCGCUGCUGCAAAAGAAAGACAAGAUGAGGAUUCUAUUAGUGCUGCUGCUCGAGCAAGACUUCAUCUCCAGUCAUUUCUUUUUAGAUCACAAGGUAUGCAUAGUGGCAGUGACUUCCCCAGAACUGAGAUUCCAUGAGGUCCCUUUGGAGCUACUGCCUGCUUGGUUCGUGAUGUUUUCAUACUUGUAACUUAUUUUCAUCACCCAUAAGUUCCCCAUACCUCUUACCAGGCUCUGUAACAUGUUUGUAAUUGUUUUGUUACCUCAAUCUAGACAGGAUUGCUUAGUCAUUGUUUGAUCAUACAUGUUUGGCCAUUGUUCUUCUGCUUUCGAAGUUGUAAGACAAGUUCAGUCGUGGAAAGAAUUUAUGUGAAGUUUCUUCUAGAUA